CUGAGCUUGGUAACUGAGUGCUGCAUAGAAGAUCCCUUAUCCUCGGAGCUCUCGGUCUACCUACGGUGUAUAUGAUCUUGUAUAAGUUGUAUCUAUAUAUGUGUUUAUGCUUAAGUGUUUUGCUCUUGUGGUUGUAGACAACAUAUAGAAGACCCAGAUCUUGUUUUGGAGAAUAUGUCUUCCAUUUUUUCCGUCAAGCAUGAGGUAGAUGGUCUACAAGGCGAAUUGAAUACGAUCAGAGAAACUCUCUUUUUGGAAAAGUUAAAGCACGAGCUCGAUCUUUCCGGGCUUCAAAUAGACGAAGAGGUGUUGAAGAGGAUCUGUAAGCACCUUGAUCCAGUGAUCUAUCCCAAAGGAAACUAUAUUAUUCGAGAGGGGGAGCCUGCUGAUAUGAUGUUCUUCAUCACCCAGGGCAUUGCACUCUCGUACACCGCUGAACACUCGGUGCCCAUUAUGCGUCUUGAGAAAGGAGAGUGUUACGGUAAAGAGCUGCUAAGCUGGGCAGCAACGGCAUCAACCUCCUUUUCUGACUUACCUAUCUCACUCCAUACUGUCAAGGCACAUAAAAAUGUUGAAAUCUUUGCUCUCCACGCUGCUGAUUUACAGUGGGUUUUGUCUCACCCGCCAAGCCCCAAGAACGACAUCAUCCCUAGUAAGGUAGCUGGGAAAUCAAAAAUGUCCCGCCAAAAGUUGAAAAAGAUUUUGCGACCAAAAGUAGAAUCCAUGUUAUGUGAGUAUGGUAUCCCUGAUGAUGAGCGAGCAAAGGUCCUAAGCAGCAUCAACUAUGUGCUAGAAAAGAAACAUAUAGAAGACCCAGAUCUGGUUUUGGAGAAUAUGUCUUCCAUUUUUUCCAUCAAGCAUGAGGUAGAUGAGGGACGUCUACGAGGUGAACUGAAUACUAUCAGAGAGACUCUCUUCUUGGAGAAGUUAAAGCAUGAGCUCGAUCUUUCCGGGCUUCAAAUAGACGAAGAGGUGUUGAAGAGGAUCUGUAAGCACCUUGAUCCAGCAAUCUAUCCCAAAGGAAGCUAUAUUAUUCGAGAGGGGGAGCCUGCUGAUAUGAUGUUCUUCAUCACCCAGGGCAUUGCACUCUCGUACACCACUGAACACUACUCAAUGACCAUUACGCGUCUUGAGAGAGGAGAGUGUUACGGUAAAGAGAUUCUACGCUGGGCAGCAACGGCAUCAACCUCCUUUUCUCACUUACCUAUCUCACUCCAUACUGUCAAGGCACACAAAAAUGUUGAGAUCUUUGCGCUCCAGGCUGCCGAUUUACAGGGGGUUUUGUUAAGAGUAUAG